AUGGCGCUAUUUCCAUUAUUUGGGAUUAUGAGAUCUGAAGAAGUUGCGCAGGCUUAUCUUCCGGAUACGUCAUUUCUUUUCUUGGGUGGGUUGAUGGUUGCCGUUGCCGUGGAGAAGUCAAAUCUGCAUCAAAGGAUCGCUCUUUUGGUUUUGAAGCUCUGCGGAUCACAACCACAAUUCAUCAUGCUCGGUUUUAUGUCUGUAACCGGUUUCCUAAGCAUGUGGAUCUCGAAUACUGCAACGACAGCCCUAAUGGUGCCAAUUGUCCAAGGGGUCAUUAUGGAGUUGGUGACCAAUCACCGAAUGCAGGAAAUGUUCCUCCUGAGCGAGCGGUCGAGCAUGGAGACCCGAAGAAGAUCCGUAGAAUGCACUGCCACUAAUUUGGUGCUGGUCGGGCAGCUAGAAAAGUUGUUCCCGGGGGCAAACACUGGGAUCAAUUUCUUGUCGUGGAUCAUCUUUGCGCUUCCCCUAGCUGUUAGCUGCCUUUUCAUGUGCUGGUUGAUUUUGUGGAUGCUGUUCAUGCGACACAGUCCAAAAGGGAAUGCGAUCGUUACCAGGAAACUGCAUGAUAAAUACGAGCAAUUACCACCUAUCUCGUUUGCGGAAGUGUCCGUUUCCGUCUGCUUUCUGACUAUGCUUGGGUUGUGGGUGUUCCGAGAACCCGAUUUUGUUGCCGGCUAUGGCUCAAUGUUCAAGGACGGUUAUCUCUCUGACUCCACGGUAGCGAUCAUCAUUGUAAUUGUGCUGUUUAUGCUCCCUGACGGGGUGCCGAAAUGCUUUUCAGUGGAAACCUCUGUCGGAUUGAUUACGCAAGCACCUAAACGUAUCGUGCGUGGAAGUCUAUUGGAUUGGCAGACGAUCCAGGAACGGUUCCCUUGGUCAAUUUUGUUGCUUUUGGGCGGAGGUUUUGCAUUGGCGGCUGGUGUUAAGGAAUCGAAGCUCUCCUUGUUAAUCGGUUCGAUUAUGCAGCAGCUCGAGGUGUUCCCAAUGUUUGUGAUAAUGCUUAUCAUCCUCACCAUUACGCUCGUUUUGACUAAUAUUUGCUCGAAUACAGUCGUGGCAUCAAUCUUCCUCCCAAUCGUCUCGGAAUUGGCUCGGUCACUCCACAUCAAUCCUCUGUACUUCAUGCUGCCAGUGGCCGUCGGUUCAUCGUUCGCCUUCCUGCUUCCAGUUGCCACGCCACCUAAUGCCAUCGUCUUUUCUCAUGGAGUGGUCAAGGUCAAAGACAUGGCAAUUUCCGGAUUUCUUCUUACCAUCUCAUGCCUGGGCUUGACGAUGUUGAAUAUGGGCAUUUGGGGACGUUUUGUACUACAUCUAGACCAUUUCCCUCUAUGGGCUUAUGACGCGGAUCACCCGAUGCGCAAUGUGACCAUGAUGAAGGAACUUCUCGCGCGAAACGAAACCAUCAUCCCCGCAAUUCCACUCGUA